AUGACGCUCUCCGCACUGGUUUACGGCCUGUCGCUGCUUGGCUUCGGCGCAACGGGAGCUGCAGCCCUGCGAGACGAGCCUUCGAUCCUUCGACGAGCGUGCCCUGACUACCUCGAUUACUCUCAAGCCCCUCACGCUCCAUAUAGCGAAGGGCCAUUGAAACUCCCAUACCAGAGACCAGUGGUGGAAUGUCGAACAUUUAACUCUUCAGUCGUGGAGGAAGUCAUUGAGGAUGUUACAUCCCGCAUGCAUGACAAGGAUCUUGCCCAACUGUUCCGCAACGCGUUCCCCAAUACGCUAGACACCACCAUCAGGUGGCACACCGACGGCUCUACGACGGCAGCAAAGAAGGGCAAGAGGGCCAGCUCCCAAUGGGAGGGUCCACAGAGUUUUGUCGUGACCGGAGAUAUCAACGCAGAGUGGCUACGCGAUUCUACAAACCAAUUGACGAACUACCAAACCCUAGCAAACAAGGAUGAACGACUCUUUAACCUCAUUCUCGGCGCAAUCAACACCCAGGCUGAAUUCGUCAUACAAUCGCCAUAUUGCAAUGCCUUCCAACCUCCACCUCCAAGCCAUAUCAAACCGGCGAAUAACAGCCAAGAUGACACAGUCCACCCCGUCUACGAGCCAUCUGUCGUAUUCGAAUGCAAGUAUGAGCUCGAUUCCCUGGCCAAUUUCCUCACUCUUGCAACCGAGUUCUACGAGAACACCGGCUCGAAGGACUUUCUCACCAACCGCUGGUAUACAGCUCUAGAGACCGUCCUCCAGGUUCUGGACGCACAAUCCCAGCCGACCUUCAACGAAGCAGGCCAAUAUGUCGAAAACCAGUAUACCUUCCAACGAACCACUACUCUAGGAACAGAAACCCUCAACCUCGCCGGCGUCGGUAACCCGCUCAACACCGGAACAGGCCUCAUCCGCAGCGCCUUCCGCCCCAGCGACGACUCAACAAUUAUGGGCUUCUUCAUCCCCGCAAACGCGCAGAUGGCUGUGCAACUCAAGCGAACAGCAGACAUGCUCCGCUCCGCCGGCGGACGCUCUGAUCUCGUUCAAGAUCUCGAGCGCCGCGGCACUCGCCUACGCAAGGCAAUCAAGGACAACGCCAUAGUCACCCACCCUAAAUUUGGCGACGUCUACGCGUUCGAGGUAGAUGGCUACGGAUCGUAUAUCUUCAUGGACGACGCAAACAUCCCCUCACUCCUCUCCCUUCCCGUCCUCGGCUUUCUCGACCAAGAUGACCCCGUCUACAAGAAUACCCGCGCGAUGGUCCUCUCCAAAGAAGGAAACCCAUACUACCUCAAUGGCACCGCCUUCCACGGUAUUGGUGGUCCACACAUCGGACUUGAGAAUGCCUGGCCCAUGUCCCUCCUCGUGCAAGCACAGACCUCCGAUUCCGACGCCGAAAUCGCGAAGUGCAUCAAUAUGGUCCGGGACUCGAGCCGGCUUGGUCUCGUGCAUGAGUCUAUCGACGUGAACAAUAUCCACGAGUAUACGCGGCCUUGGUUUGCGUGGGCGAACUCGGUCUUUGCGCAGACGGUGCUGAAGAUUGCGGCUGAGCGGCCGCACAUUAUUUUUGGGAAGGGGGCGGAGGCUUAUGUCCCUUAG